CUAUGAAUAAGAGAUGGAGGGACUCCGUCAAGGAAGCCACAGCCUUGAAUUUAGAACAACUAAGUGAGGCUGUCACUAAUAGGACAUUUUGGAAGGCUUUCAUUCACAGGGUCGCCAUAAGUCAGAGACAACCUGAUGGCACAUAGCAACAACAUGGACUACGAAAUGCUUGCUUCUGGGUGUGAACCUUGCAGGAUUUCUUUCAAUCUAAACAUGAAUACAAUUAUGUCCUGACGUGCCAAAGCAGGAAUGAGAAACCUUCCAACAUUGUUCCAACAUUUGCCUGUGCAAAAUGAAUACAUUUAGAAUUAAGGACUUCUGAGCCCAGGAAUCAGUUCCGGGUACCAAGAUUCAAUUGAGCUCAUAAUUCUGCCACAAACAAAUCCACCUCAGGAUAAUUUAGGGUGGGAAUGAGACCUUUUACUGUUGCUUUUGUUAAUAGCGAGACAUGAAUAUCUACUGAUCUCCUGCAAAUCAUCCAGUGAUCUACCGAUACAUCUUUCUGUCUACCCUCAAGGGAAAGAGAUGGAUCCUCUUCUUUCUGUUGUACAUUUAUAAAGGCAGCAAGGAUUUCUAGCAGUUAACUGAAAACAAAAUCUUACUCUCACUGUUUCUUGCUGACUGCCUCUUCUUCACCUACACCUGCCACUCAAGCACAGCAAGGCCCGUCCUCUGUCCCCUGCCCCAGACCAUGGCAGCUCUUCUGAGGAGCCUGCUCGCUGCCUCGGAGAAGGCGGCCCGCAUUGCCCAGCUGUGCCGCCAGGAAGAGGCGCUCUUCAGCUUGCUCAUUGAGGAGAAGAGAGGUGCGGACAAGAACAAGAAGUUCCUGCAGGACUUCAAGACCUUGGCAGACGUGCUCAUCCAAGAGGUCAUCAAGCAUGAUGUGGGAAAGGAGUUUCCAGAGCUACAGGAGCAUAUUCGUGGUGAGGAGUCCAACAAAUUUGAAAAUGGCCUCGGGGAGACCGUAGUGGUGCAGGUUUGCCCCACCCAGGCGGACACAGCAGCCCUGCUGCAAAAGGUUCUGGACCGGAACCGGAGAGCCGCCGAGUUGCUGGCUGCUGCUGUCCAUCAGGAGGUGGUGCUGUCGGACCCGGCACUGGAUGGCAUUGCUGUAACCAUCUCCACAGACAGCCUGGCCGUGUGGAUUGACCCCAUUGAUUCCACCAAUCAGUACAUCCGUGGCUGUGGCAACGUGCUGCCUGUGGAUGGCAUCUACCCAUCCGGGCUCCACUCAGCACUGGUGCUGAUAGGGGCGUACAGCCGCCAGUCAGGAGAACCUGUCCUAGGCAUCAUCAAUGAGCCCUUCUUCCAGGAAGCCCUGCCAGCACACGGGUGGCAGAGCAAAUACCACUGGGGCAUUUCCUACAGAGGCACCCACCUGAGCUCGCUGAGCCGGCCCCAGCUACAGGCUUCCCCCCGCGUGGUGCUGAGCACCAACGAGAAAGUGGGGCUGCAGAAGGCGCUGGCUCCCCUCUGCGGCGAGCAGCUCUGCUUUGCCUCGGGCGCCGGGUACAAGAUGCUGUGUGUGGCCCUGGGCCUGGCAGAUGCUUACGUGCUCUCAGAAGGCAGCACCUUCAAGUGGGACUCCUGUGGCCCCCAUGCCAUCCUGCAGGCCCUCGGGGGAGGCAUCGUUGACCUCUCGGCAGCCUUGCAGGCAUGGCGUGCCGGGCAGGGCAAGCAGCUGCCUGAACUAACCUACCACAAGCCUCUGGAGGGCUCUGUGGGCGCUGACUGCUGGGCCAACCAAGGGGGCCUGGUGGCCUAUGUCCACCCAGAGCACCUGGAGGCUGUGAUGGCCACCCUGGCAGCUGCGGCUGAUGCCUUCUAGAGUGCCUUCUCUGGGCAGGGGAGAAUUGACCAAGACGUUCAUCUCAGCAGAGGAAGAGGAAGCUUCUCCGCAAGCACCGGACUCUGUGGCUCAGACUUCCUUGCUGUGGGACCAAUCCGUUAUCUUUGGAGGCAACAUGCAAGCAUGGGAUGGGGUGACACCUGCGACAUCAGGCCUCUCUGUGCUGUUUUUGUUUGUGGAAGCAUCACUUCCGGACAAGGCAGGCAUUGUUGUGGGAGGACCUUAAAUUGCUCCUUUGCCGCAAACCUGCUAGAUAUGUUGUUCUUCUCAUACGGGCAAUAUGAGCCGCGCUUAACAUGGUAAAUACGCAUUGGGGCCAUUCCAUAGUUUCCUUAUAUACUUGCUUUAGCUCUCACUGGGGGCCUCCAGAUGAGGCUUUUUUGUGUAGUCACCUUGCCUUCUUCAUCAAAGUUCCUGGUGGUGCUGGGGCUGGGUCCAGACCAUGGCAUCUUUGAUGCAUAGCUCUCUUACAUUGCCCACCUCCUUACUCUGCCUCUUUUCUUACUGGGAAAAAGAUCCAUUAAUAAAAAAAGGAAUAGCUGCACAAUACCUUUUGACUGUUAGUGUUAGAAGUCCUUUAUCUAGAAGCAGCCUCCGGCCCAGUUUUCACAUAAGAGGAAGCCACCAUGGGUGAAUUUUCUUGCAGACCAUGGCUUGUUAUUACAUGAGAAUCUGGCAAGGGUGGGUUGUUAGUGUGGUUGACAAGCCACCCACAAUCCUCAAAUAGCCCAUGGGUUCCAGGUGCUUGUCAAGCAUCCUAACAACCCACCCUCUCCAAGUUUACAUGUAGGGACAGGUUGCCGUGUGUCCCUGCCAUGAUUUGAAUAUUCAGAAUGGUGGAUGCUGCCCCAGCAAGAGACCCUGUGAGGAAACUCACCCAUGGUGGCUUCCAUGUUACCUGCAAACCAAGUCAUUGCCCCUACCAUCUUGCAUAGUGAACUGGGCUGCACUGGUGUCUUUUUCCAUGGCGUGCCUGCUCACUUUCUUUAUGACACACAGUCUGAACUGCAUAGCUUGAUCCAACUGGGGCUAGUGUAUGAAUUGUCCUGCUUCAUGCUAUGAAGAAAAACCAGAGGGCCUGCAGGCCCUUUCUGGGUCCAUGUCUAUAUUACAACCUUACUUAAGUGGUUUAAGACAUUCUCUCUCAAACAGGGAAUCUUGGGAGUUGUAGUGCUGAAGUUUCUCAUAGAGAAUUCCUCAGGGUGCUUUGGAAGGAACCAUAGCAGUUGAAUGAAUAUACAAUCAAUAUAAAUAUAUAGUUUACCUAUGUACUGUGACAAUUCAUUUGUUGUCAUUUCCUUAUAACCAGAAUUUUACAGAGACUAACUGAAAUGGAUAUGUAUUUUUAUUUUUAUUUUAUCCCUCUAUUUUUAUUUUCAGUGUAAGUUUCCAUCUCAUAUGGUUUGGAAAUUUAUAUUUUUAACAGGCAAACAGCAUGAGGAAAAAAGUCAGUGGGAGAGUCAUAAUUCUUUCUGUCAUUAAUUCAAAUAUUUGGAAUCAGAAUAAAGCCAGACUCUUACACGUGCCUGGAUGGAAACAAAGUUGUAUUGCUCCCAACAUUCCUUAGCCAGGUGUGCUGGACCUCCUUUCAUCAUGCUGGGCAUUAGUAGACUUCCUUUAAACAUGCAGAGGAUUGCCCCAUAAGUAAAUGAAAGUUGAACAACGUGGUAUGGAACUAUUUAAUCUGAUUGCUAUAACCAGUGAAGAAUAUGGUUUCUUUGACUUUUUAAAAGUUUACUUUUACUUUUUAUAAUAGUUGCACAAUGUUUAAUAGUAAUAAGAUCUGAAUUGCUUACAGUAUCAUUAGAUUUUAUUUUUACAGUCAGUAUUUCUGGAAUAUUGAAUAUAGCAUAAUAAAUAAUAAACAGUACACUUGGAAAACAUAAGCAUUGUCUUCUGUUACGAAGACUAACUUACAAUAAAUAUAUUUCUUGCAAUUUUGUAAAAGGUGAUUAUACCUUUAAAAGCAAAAACAACGAUAACCUCAUCUGCUU